GUUGACAAACAUUUCCAGCUGUUUCUUGUAAAACAUAGAGAACUGAGGAAUUGUUUCCACAAUAACAACCAGACAAUUGGUUUCUUGUCAAUGUUCAACUGGCCACACCCUGACAAACGAUUUUAAUACAAAAGCUUUUUUCCCCAUGAGUCCCCUUGGACAACACAUCCAUUUUUAUUUAUCUGAAGUGAAGAGUCCUGCCUUAUCCUCGAUGAUGUCACAACAUCCUUAAAAGAUUCACUCAUUUUCUGGGUUGAUUCAAACUACAGUCGUCAUAGCCGAGUGGGGAGAGACAACAAGGACGUAAGAAUACAACAGAAGCAAUGAAAGAAUAUAUUACUUGUAUUUGUGUUUAUUUUCUGCUCAAUGAUUAAAAACAAAUUAUAUACUGAAGUAUUAUAGUGUAAAUGCACAGUUGAUAGUUUUGAGUGGCUAACUGUUACAGUAUACCGUGAUCACUUCUUUAGUUGUUCUGUCACUGACUGUUCUGACUUUUCUUGUGACAUUAAACGGUUGGAGAUUUUAACUUGCUUUUGUAUUAGGAUGAUGGAAAACUACACGUACAACAGUUUCACACUCCAAGUGGAGGGGCUUCUUCUUUCUGAAGAAAUGACAUAUCCAACGUUCCUGAUCUUCUUGUUCUCCUACAUUUUCAUAAUUGUUACUAAUGUAGGAAUUGUGGUUCUGAUUUUUGUGGACAAAAGUCUUCAUCAGCCAAUGUACUUGCUUUUUUCCAACCUACCACUAAAUGACAUUCUGGGAAAUUCUAUCCUAGUGCCUCGUUUGCUGCUAGACAUUUUGCGACCCUCCUCUGAACGACUCAUCAGUUAUUAUGAAUGUGUGGUUCAAGCUUUCACCACACACAUGUAUGGCACUACCACUCACACCAUUCUCAUCAUUAUGGCAUUUGACAGAUACGUGGCCAUCUGUCAACCACUGCGUUAUGCUUCCAUAAUGACCAACAGAAUGGUGAUCAAGCUGACGGUCUCUGCCUGGGGGGUGGCCUUAGUCUUAGUGUCUGUUUUACUUGGUUUGACUGUAAGACUCAGCAGAUGCAGGACUUUGAUCAAAGGGUCCUACUGUGACAAUGCUUCACUGUUUAAACUCUCCUGUGACAGUGUGGUCAUAAAUAAUGUCUAUGGCCUCACCUUCACUGUGGCUCUGUUCACAGCUUCUAUUGGCAGCAUUGUUUUUACCUACACUAGAAUCACUAUAGUCUGUCUAACCAGUAAGAACAAGUCACUGAACAGUAAGGCCCUGCAGACUUGUAGCACUCACCUGGUGCUGUUUCUAAUUUUAGAGUUCACAGGACUCUCUAACAUUGUUCUCCAUCGCUUCCCUGAGACGACAGAGUACAGAAAACUCAUGGCCAUUCUCUUUCAUAUUGUACCUGGCAGCCUCAACCCAGUUAUAUAUGGAGUACAGUCGAAAGAAAUGAAAAGGUUUCUGUCAAAACUAUUUAAAAAGGCUUUAUGUUCACAACGAAGUUGAUACAAGAUUUAUUUGUUAUUCUUUUAAUCAUGUUUCCACUUCUCUCAUGUUUGGAAAAUGACUAAAUAUUUUUGCUAAAAUUACAUUAUUAGUUCUCAUCAUACUUUCAGUAAAUUGUAAUCAUAAAUGCCUGGCUAUCUACAGACUAAACACUUAACAACCAGGUCAUAUGAAUUAUAUUGUUUUAGGUAAGAUGUCAUUUAACUAGAAGGAACCUUAAUCAGCAGCAAUAAUUAUUAUACAAUUUAGAAAUAAUUUACAUUACACAAAGAUUUUCUUUAACUCUUCCAAGAAGUUGAACAUUAGCUGUAUUAGCUCAUCGGGACAAGGCUAGCCAACUUAUAUCUGGGGUCAGUGGGUUGUAACCUCACAGUGGUCAGCAAAAAACCUACAGCAGGACUUGGAAGGAGCAGGAACUCAGGUUUCAGAUUCUACAGUGGGCACGAGAUAAAUCAUGAGGCCUCCACACCAACACUGCUACUACACAAAUGUGUUGGGAGAAUCUCUUGUGGAGUAAGAAAAGAUAUAUUUUUGCUUCCGAUAGACCUAGGUGUGCUUUUUUUUUUUUUUUUUAA